GCUUGUUAACAUGAUCCUCCUGUUGUAAAGUCGUGAUUUCAUAUUGAAUUGUGCUGAAACUUUGGACAUGACUGCAGCUGCUUUGCUUGCGUUCUUGGCCGCCCAUGCAUGCAAUUCUUUCCUUUUGCUUUGGUUUGGGCUUGGGCUUGCUUGCUUGCACUGUUGGAAGACUCCUCUUCCCUUCAGCUUCAAGCCAAAGCCAGAGGCCAGACCGCCAGAGCAGAGUAGUUAACCCUCUCCACUGGAUUUGGCAUUGCUAACAACAAGUAUUCCCUCCUCUGCUCUGCAUAUAUCCAUACAUCCUUUGGUUUCAGAAUUCAUCAGAGAGAUAAGAUAUAAAUAUAUGCAUUGCAUUGCAUGCAUGGUACGAACAAGCAGCUAGCCAUAUCCAUCCUCUGUAAUUGCUUCUUUGCUUCGAGAGUACAAGUCAGGGAUCGAUCGAGAUUUGCCAAGAAACCAACUAAUACUAAUAGAGGAUGAAGAUGCGAGAGAUCGUCUUCUUCGACGUCGAGACGACGGCGCCGUCGUCGGCGGGCCGGUGGUGGCUGCUCGAGUUCGGCGCUAUCCUCGUGUGCCCCAAGAAGCUGGUGGAGGUGGGCAGCUACGACACCCUCAUCCGCCCGGGGGACCUCUCCGCUGUCUCCCGGCGGUUCACGGACGUCGAGGCCAUCCGCUCCGCGCCGCCAUUCGAGGACGUCGCCGACAAGAUAUUCGACAUCCUCGACGGCCGCGUGUGGGCGGGCCACAACAUCCAGCGCUUUGACUGCCCUCGCAUCCGGGAGGCGUUCGCGGAGAUCGGCCGCCCCGCCCCGGAGCCCACCGGCGUCAUCGACUCCCUCAACGUGCUCGCCCACGACUUCGGGCGCCGCGCCGGCGACCUCAAGAUGGCCACCCUGGCGUCCUACUUCGGCAUCGGCAAGCAGAAGCACAGGAGCCUGGAGGAUGCACGCAUGAACCUCGAGGUGCUCAAGCACUGCGCAACAGUCCUGCUCCUGGAGUCGAGCCUUCCUUCUGUGCUGUGCAGUAAAUCAGCAGCGGCUGCUCACGCCGGCGGCGCCAUGACGAGGAGAAGGGCGACCAUCGCCUCCACGACGCCGAACCGGAUGUCGCAGACCAAGCUUCAGUUUACCCCUGCGCCUGUGCCGGCAGAAGCAGCGCCGCCGUCUGCAGCAACUCAAAAGAUCAACGGCCCCUGCAAGAGGGAUAGCUUGGGCAAGGUGGUGGGGAGGGCCAGUAAGGAAGCAUUGAGCACUAGGCGAGCAGCGACGGCGACACCCUUCCGCAUGAUCCUCAGGCACUCCAGGGCCAUCCUCUAGAUGAUCCAUCCUACGGAUACUCUAGGGAUCGACGUUCUGAUCGAUGGAUGCUUUCUCAGGGAGAAGUGUAGAGUUGACAAAUAAUUUGAGCUCAAGCUUCUCCACACCAGCAUGCGAUCGACUAGCUAAUUGCACCUUCUCAUGAUUCAUUCCUAGCUUGGAUUCAUUCGUUUGUACAGAUGAUUGAUUCGAUCCACCUGUCCAUAUGUAAUUUGACUCAAAUCAGAUUCAUUUCAUUUGUAAAUUAAAUGAAAUGCCCUCAUUUCAUUUGUAAGUUAACACGCCAUUCGUUAACUAUUGCAGAUUUCAA